UAGUCCAUGGCUAGAACGCGUUCAACGCCGCGCCUCCGUAGAGCCCGUAGAGCCACAGAGACGGAGUUUCUAUAGUCGGUGGUCAGAGCCGGAAAGGCCUGAGUUAUCAAAAAUGUCUUCUCUCGCGAAGUUCUGUAAAAUUUCGACCCGAUUAUGGCCACAAAACGGUGUCUACACGUAUAAUAUAGCGAAAUACAGUAUGAUCAGGGACUAUAAACCAGCCCAAUAUCCAACAACAGAAGAAGAAAGAGCUAAAGCAGCUGAGAAAUAUAACCUAAUAAGAGAAGAUUAUAAACCAAUUCCAGAUGAUGGAAAUGGUUUAGGAGAUUAUCCAGAACUUCCUAUGGUCUCGGCUGAAGCCAAGGAUGAUUAUUACCCUUGGGAUUUCCCAGAACAUAAAAGAAAUUUCAACGAACCUAUGCACAUAUGGGCUAACAUGCUGGGUGAAGAUAGAUACUAUCACAAUCCACCACUUCGCUAUCCGAUGUACGUGUACUGGCUAACUUUCAUUGGUGUCAUGGGUGGUUUUGUUGGUAUAUUCCUAGUGUUUGAGAACUACAAAUAUGUUCAGCCUGUGGUGAAGAAACAGUAUCCAUCUACCAACAAAACGCACUACACAUUCGAAAGUUUAAAAUGAGAGAAUUUAUGAAAUGGUCAAACAUUCAUGUAGAUAAAAUGUAAUAAAGUAUGCAAACAUUUGCAAUUUUGACUCAAUAAUUUAUAAAUUCUAAAUACAUGGUCAUUCAGCCAGUUUUGCAUCGAUACUGAUAUUUAUUAAUAAAACAACCGAAUGUAUGCAUCUGUGAAAUAAAGAAUGAUCACUUCUAUUUCAA